AUGAAUCACUUCGGCAACCACCAAGAAACCCCUGUAUCAUAUCCACCACAGGGUCAGACCUAUUCUUCAGCUCCAUAUGUCACUGCUCCACCACCUAUGGGUUAUCCCUCCAAGGAUGGCUCUGUAGGGUACCCUCAACAAAGGGUUCCAGAGGAAACCACAAGUAGGGGUGAUGGCUUCUGGAAGGGAUGUUGUGCUGCUUUAUGUUGCUGCUGGGUCCUCGAUUCGAUGGAAGAAUAA